UAUUAGUCUCUCAUCUCUCUUCUUUAGAUCUUACUGUAAUUUGCUUUUUCUAUUUUUCUUUUUCUUUUGUCCCAUUUAUAUAAAAUCCACCGCUCCAGCUUAACGUUCGCGUCUUCUUCGCCAUCUCUCUAAGUCGAACUCGCUCUGAUCGACUGAGCCAACUCGCCCGGAGGAUCAGUUAUGUGAUGAUCGUUCCCUCUGCAUUGUUGUCAUGGCUAGCUAGCUCACGACGUUGAGUAACUCUGUUUUUUUUUUCUUCUUUUCUCCGGCGAUCAAUCCCUAUAAUAAUACUCUGGAGGCGGAGAUGUUUAAGUCAGCGAGAUGGAGAAACGAGAAGAACAGGAUCAAAGUUGUUUUCAGAUUGAAGUUUCAUUCGACUCAGGCGUCACAGUUCAAUACAGAGGGAUUGGUACUGUCUCUAGUUCCGGGAGAUAUUGGUAAACCGACGGCGAGAUCAGAGAAAGCUAUAGUGAAAGAUGGACAUUGCAGGUGGGAAAUCCCGGUUUACGAGACUGUGAAGUUUCUCAAAGAUGCUAAAACUGGGAAAGUUAAUCAGAGAAUCUAUCAUCUCAUUGUAUCAUCAACUACGCCGGGAUCUACAAGAGGUGGUUUGGUUGGAGAAACGUCAAUUGAUUUUGCUGAUUAUGUUGAUGCGACUAAGACUUGCAAUGUUUCUCUACCAUUACAGAACUCGAACUCUAAAAAAGCUUUGUUGCAUGUAUCUAUACAAAGGCAAUUAGAAUUUGAUGAUCCUCAAAGAGAUGUGGAUGAAUGUGAGACUCUAGGGAAAAUGUCACAGGGUCAAGAUUUGAAGUCACAUUUGAGCAUUGGUGAUGGAGAUGAAACUCGUAAAAGCGAUUCACAUGAGGAAGGUACUUUUGGUAAAGCUGCUCGGUUUGCGGAACUGAGACGAAGAGCAUCGAUUGAAUCCGAUAGUACAAUGUCAAGCACUGGAAGUGUCAUUGAGCCAAAUACUCCUGAAGAAGUUGCUAAGCCUUUGAGACAUCCCACUAAGCAUCUACUUCAUUCAGCUAAAAAUCUGUUUGAAGAGCCUCGUGUAUCAGAAUCCGAGUGGUCAGGAAGUUCUGAUCAUGGUGGUAUCAGCACUGAUGACUCUACCAAUAGUUCGAAUGAUACAACCGCGAGGGACACCACGAGAAACUCUUCGGAUGAGGACGAGGUAGAGAAGCUUAAAACCGAGGUUGCUGGUUUGACGAGGCAAGCAGAUCUUUCUGAGAUGGAACUGCAAAGCCUGAGGAAACAAAUUGUUAAAGAGACUAAAAGAAGUCAAGAUCUCCUCAGGGAAGUGAAUAGCUUGAAGCAGGAGAGAGAUACGUUAAAACAAGAUUGCGAGAGACAUAAAGUAUCUGACAAGCAUCAAGGAGAGAGUAAAAUGAGGAACAGGUUGCAGUUUGAAGGAAGAGAUCCAUGGAUUCUUUUGGAGGAAACGAGAGAGGAACUUGACUAUGAGAAAGAUCGAAUUUUCAAUCUUAGGUUACAGCUCCAGAAGACACAAGAAUCAAACUCAGAGUUGAUUCUUGCUGUUCAAGAUCUUGAAGAAAUGCUUGAGGAGAAGAGUAAGGAAGGAGCUGAGCUUCCUUCCAAAUCAAGAACCUCUGAUGAGAUUCAAGAAUCAAUGAGAAGUGAGACAGAUGAAGAUGAGGAUGGAAAGGCACUUGAGGACCUCCUGAAGAAACAUGUGGAUGCGAAAGAUACACACGUAUUGGAGCAGAAGAUCACUGAUCUGUAUAAUGAGAUUGAGAUCUAUAAACGUGAUAAAGAUGAGCUUGAGAUACAGAUGGAACAACUUGCUUUGGACUAUGAGAUACUGAAACAGGAAAAUCAUGAUAUCUCAUACAAGCUAGAGCAGAGCCAACUGCAAGAACAGUUGAAGAUGCAAUACCAAUGUUCAUCUUCACUAGUGGAUGUGACAGAGCUUGAAAGCCAAGUAGAGAGUCUUGAAACUGAGCUGAAGAAACAAUCCGAAGAGUUUUCGGAGUCUUUGUGCCGGAUUAAAGAACUUGAAGCACAAAUGAAGACUUUGGAAGAAGAAAUGGAGAAACAGGCUCAGGUGUUUGAGGCAGACAUCGAUGCUGUUACGCGAGGUAAAGUGGAGCAAGAGCAAAGAGCUAUCCAGGCCGAAGAAACUCUAAGGAAGACGAGGUGGAAAAAUGCUAGUGUUGCUGGAAAACUUCAGGAUGAAUUCAAGAGACUCUCUGAGCAGAUGGAUUCAAUGUUUACAUCAAAUGAGAAAAUGGCUAUGAAGGCGAUGACAGAAGCUAAUGAGUUACGAAUGCAGAAACGUCAACUAGAAGAAAUGAUCAAGAACGCUAAUGAUGAGCUCCGAGCAAACCAAGCUGAGUAUGAGGCAAAGAUCCAUGAGCUUUCUGAAAAGCUGAGUUUCAAAACUAGUCAGAUGGAGGAAAUGUUAGAGAGUCUUGAUGAGAAGUCCAAUGUUAUAGAGAAACAGAAGAGGCAUGAAGAGGAUGUUACUGCAAAUUUAAACCAAGAGAUCACAAUGCUGAAGGAGGAGGUUGAGAAACUGAAGAAGGACAAAGAUAGCCUCGUGUUACAGGCAGAGCACCUGAGAGAUGAACUGGAAAAGACGAGUGAAUCGGUUAUGGAAGCUGAGGCUUCUGUACAGAGAGAGAAAAUGAAGAAGGUUGAAGUAGAGAGCAAGAUCUCACUAAUGAGGAAAGAGUCAGAGUCUCUAGCAGAUGAGUUGAAAGCGGUGAAGCUUGUCAAAGAUGAAAAGGAGACAUCAAUUUCACUCUUAAAAACAGAGCUAGAAACCGUGAGAGCUCAGUGCAAUGAUCUAAAACAUUCUUUAUCAGAGAAUGACGUGGAGAUGGAGAAGCACAAGAAGCAAGUGGCACAAGUGAAAACUGAGUUGAAGAAGAAAGAAGAAGCAAUGGCUAAUCUCGAGAAGAAGCUGAAAGAAAGCAGAACCGCGAUUAAUAACUUAACGAAGACCGCGCAGAGAAGCACCAACAACAACAAAGGAAGUCCUGUAGGAUCUACUAAAGAAGUUGCGGUUAUGAAAGAUAAAAUAAAACUUCUCGAGGGCCAAAUCAAACUGAAGGAAACUGCUCUUGAAUCUUCAUCAAAUAUGUUCAUCGAAAAGGAAAAGAGUCUGAAGAACAGAAUCGAGGAACUGGAAACUAAGCUUGAUCAAAGGAGCCAAGAGAUGAGUGACAAGGAGCCCUUAAAUGGGCAAGAAAUCGAAGAUAUCCGAGUUCUUGUAGCGGAAAUAGAGUCUUUGCGAGAGAGUAAUGGAUCGAUGGAGAUGGAGCUGAAGGACAUGCGAGAGAGAUACUCAGAGAUAAGUCUAAGAUUUGCUGAAGUCGAAGGUGAGAGACAACAGCUUGUAAUGACAGUACGUAAUCUUAAAAAUGCUAAGAGGAGCUAAACCGGUUUAAAAUCAGAAACCGGUUCUCAUAUAUUUGAUGAUUUCACAAUCAGUUACAUAAUUUGUUUUUGUAGUAUAAACUUUGAAAAAAAAAAAAAAAACUUAAGAUGUAAAUUACUUUGUUUUUUCAAGUAACCUGCAUACUUUGUUUGCUGCUUGACUUCA